AUGGAUCAGCUCCCUCUUCUUGGGAGCGGCCCCAAAGCCGCAGCCAUUACCCCUUCCUUCGUCGCAACGGAUCAGUACGCCGCAUCCACAUCAGCUUCACCACCGGAAAAGGCGCCGCCGGCAGCACCGCUCCCGGCCCCGGAACACCAUGGAAAGUCCAGCCACAACAGGAGAUCAUCUGACACGAUCAAGGCCAAGAUCAUGUCGCAUCCUCUCUAUCCGGCUCUCCUCGGAGCCUUCAUAGACUGCCGGAAAGUCGGAGCGCCGCCGGAAGUCGUUGGUCGGCUCUCCUCCCUCGUCGACGAGCUCCGGCCAAAUUCAGCCGGCAGGCAGGAACAGCCGGCGGACCCAGAGCUCGACCAGUUCAUGGAGACCUACCGUGAUAUGCUGGUGAAGUACAGUCAGAAGCUCACGAGGCAAAUCCAAGACGCCAAUCAGUUCUUGAGGAGCGCCGAGGCCCAUAUCGACUCGUUUGCACUAGAUGAGCAAGAGACCGGCGAGGGCAUGCAGCAGAAGAGCCAGCUCCUGGACAAGUACAGCGGCUACCUGAGAAGCCUCUGGAAGGAGGUUUCCGGGAAGAAGAAGAAGAGCGGCAGGCUGCCGAGGGAGGCGCACCAGAGGCUCCUGCACUGGUGGCAGCUGCACCAGGGAUGGCCCUACCCAUCGGAACAGGAGAAGCUGGCGUUGGCUGAGUCGACGGGGCUCGACACGAGGCAGAUCAAUAACCGGUUCAUCAACCAGAGGAAGCGGCACUGGAAGCCGACGCCGCCGGCGAUGGACAGCAGGUUGCAGCACAUCAACGCCGGUGCUUCCAGCAGCAGCUCUCCUGCGGUCCUUGGGAUGGAAGGGCAGCACUUCACCGUACGGAGUGGGUGUCCCGACGGUGGUCCGUUGAGACCCUGAUCAGUGGACAUAUACCAUCCUAUGCCAUAUAUAUACACACACGUCCAGACGUGGUAGAUGUGAUUCAUUGCAGAGUGAAGUUCAUGAUGGAGCGUAAA